UCCUUUAUCAGAAAUUACAGCAACUUCGAUUAUAAUGAUGGCAAGACAAAAUUUGAAGGAAUUGGUGAUCGACUUCGUUACACCAGAGUUAUCAGAAUUUAUCAGACAACAGCAAAUUCCAAAUUUAGAUUCAUUAUCAAUAAGAACUUUCCGAAUUAAUGAAUUACAACAAUGGUUAAAACAAUCAAAAUUAGUUCAUUUAGCAUUAAGUGAUGUUAGCAAUAACUCUGAAUUAUUUUCACUCACCAAUUCAUAUCAAUUGGGAAAGCUAUUGCCAGAAACUUUAAAUCAUUUACAAAUUGAAUGUAGAUAUAACAUUGCACCAGAAUCUUUAACUAUACUAUUGGAAAAUUCUAAUUGUAGAAAUUUACAAAUUUUAAAAGUUACAGCAACUUCAAUUGUAAUGAUGGCAAGACAAAAUUUAAAGGAAUUGGUGAUUGACUUCAUUACACCAGAGUUAUCAAAAUUUAUCAAACAACAGCAAAUUCCAAAUUUAGAUUCAUUGUCAAUAAGAACUUUACAAAUUAAUGAAUUACAAAAAUGGUUAAAGCAUUCAAAAUUAGUUCAUUUAGCAUUAAGUGAUGUUAGCAACAACUCUGAAUUAUUUUCACUCACCAACUCAUAUCAAUUGGGAAAACUAUUACCAGAAACUUUAAAUCAUUUACAGAUUGAAUGCAGAUAUAAUAUUGCACCAGAAUCUUUAACUAUACUAUUGGAAAACUCUAAUUGUAGAAAUUUACAGGUUUUAAGUCUUGAUGUUGAAAUUUUCAAUGACACUUUGUUAGAAGUUGUUGCUGAUUAUUCACGUGAAAAUGGUAGAGUUUUAAAGGAAUUGAGAAUUGCUAAUGACACACUAUUAGAAUAUGAUAAAAACUUGCGUAGAAAAUUAUCAAAUGUGAUACCUUUUAUCAAUCAAGAUUAUAUUGAUGCUUGGCCUAUUCUUUCUGGAGGGAUCUUUUUUGGAAGAAUGUGA